AUGCCAACUCUUUCUUUGAACCAUUAUUUUUAUUUUGCUAGAAAAUGUCUAGGGAAGUUGUUUGCAGACAGGCACGUAGAAGGUGAUUUGCUCCUCUCACUUUGGUUAGAAACGAAUGUGGAACGACGAAGUCCAUCUACGAUCUAUGAACUGCGUCUGCGACCUCACGUACGUUGGACAGAGGACACUGUUGACAACGAACAUAUGAAUCGAAAACGAUCAAAAAAAUGUUGCAUUUACCACAAGCCACAUGAGUUUGGAGAAUCAAGUUCGGACUGUUCUUCAGAUGAAAGCGAUUGGGUCGAUAGCAGUGAUUUGGAGAAGUAG